AUGACCAUGAGACAGCUGUUUUCAAUUCGUAAAUUAUUAUUAAAAAAUAUUAAAUUUCCAUGCCCAUCUAGAGGUAUGUGGUGUGGACAACAAAAUAAAAAAAUGAAUUUACAAGAAACAAUUGAAACACUGACACAAGAAUGUAUUAAAUUUCGUAAAACAUUAAAUUCAAUAAGUGAAGAAAAAGAAAAAGAAAAAAUUGUACUUAAGCAUAUUAAAAAGUGGGCAGACAGUGAUAAUUGUGUCAACAAUUUUCAAAAAGGAUUAGAAUGGUUCAAUGUAUCAAAGGGUCUUUCUAUGUCCGAGCAUCUGGCUGGGAAAAUUGUUGUAUUAGACUUUUUCACUUAUUGCUGUAUCAACUGCAUGCAUAUUUUACCAGAUCUUGAUGCAUUGGAAAAAAAAUAUACAAUAAAUGAUGGACUUGUUGUUAUUGGAGUUCACAGUGCUAAAUUUUCUAAUGAAAAAGAUUCUGGUAAUAUUUUAUCAGCAGUUCAACGUUAUAAAAUAGAUCAUCCUGUUGUUAAUGAUGCAAAAUUAUCAAUGUGGAGAGACAUUGGAAUUGUUUGUUGGCCAAGUCUUGUUAUUUUAGGUCCCAAAGCUCAGCCUUUGUUUGUCCUAGUUGGUGAGGGUCAUCGUGAUGAACUUUUUAUUUAUACAAAAGUUGCACUAUCAUAUUUUAAAUCACAAAAACAAAUAUCAAAUCAUGAACUUCCAUUGAAACCAGCACAACAUUUAUUACCAAUAACAAGAAAUGUACUAUUAUUUCCUGGUAAAGUAACAUCAUUUUCAUCAUCAAAUGGUGAUAAAAUUGUCAUUUCAGAUACUGGAAAUAAUAGAAUUAUAAUAUCAACUUGUGAUGGAAAAGUUGAGGAUAUAAUUGGUGGUUAUUCACCAGCUUUUAAAGAUGGAAAUUAUGAAGAAGCACGUUUUAAUGCUCCUCAAGGUGUUUGUGUAUUAAAUGAUUAUAUUUAUGUUGCUGAUAAUGAAAAUCAUGCAAUACGACAAAUUGAUAUGAAAAAAAGGGCUGUUACUACAUUAGCAGGUAAUGGAAAACAAGGACAUGAUUAUGUUGGUGGUAAAAAUGGUAAAGAACAAGUAUUAUCAUCACCUUGGGAUGUUGCAAUUUAUUAUCAUGAACAAAAUGAUGGUAAAAAAGUACCAAUUAUUAUGAUUGCAAUUGCUGGUACUCAUCAACUAUGGGCAUUAUUUUUAGAGGAUACAAUUUGGUGGAAAAAUAAAAUUUUUAAAAAAGGUACAUGUUCAGCAAUUGUUGGUAGUGGUAAAGAAGAAAAUAGAAAUAAUUCAUAUCCUCAUGCAUCUGGUCUUGCACAACCAUCUGGUAUAGCUAUUGUACAAUCCUUAAAAGCAAUUUUUUUUGCUGAUAGUGAAAGUAGCUCAAUAAGAAGAGUACAUUUACAAGAUGGUAAAGUUAGUGCUGUUGCUGGUGCUGAUAGAAAUCCAUCUGAUUUACAUAAUUAUGGUGAUAUUGAUGGAAUAAAAUUUACAGCAAAGCUACAACAUCCACUUGGUGUAACAUGGUGUGAUAAUGAAAAUAAAAUUUACGUUGCUGAUACAUAUAAUGGAAAAAUUAAAUGUGUUGAUCCAGAUGGUAAAUGUACAACUGCAUUUGGUGCUGGUAAACCAUCAAAAGAUUUUACAUUUAAUGAACCAAGUGGUUUAACAAUACUUCCUACAUCUGGUGAUCUUAUUGUUGCUGAUACAAAUAAUCAUUGUAUUAAAAUAAUUAAUAGAAAAGACAAAAAAAUAUCUAUUUUAUCAUUAACAUUACCAGAAACUUGUGAAAGUAUUCCGGAAAAAUUAUUUGAAUUUCCAGUUGAAAUAAGUAAUGAAGAAGCACGUUUAAAAAUAUCAUUUGAUCCAAAAUUUACUGAUGGUAUUAAAUUUAAUUCUGAUGCACCACAAACUUGGUCAAUGAUUUUACCUGAUGAUUGGAGUAAUAAAAAAAUUAAUGGACGUUUUGGUUCAUCAAUUGAUGUAACAAUUCCAAAAGAAAAUACUCAAAGACAAAUACAUAUCAUAUUGAAUUUAAUUGUUUGUAAAACAGAUGAAUGUAUACCAAAAAAACUAAAAAUUAUUCUUGAUUUAUCUAGAAAAUCAAAUGGUCCAGCAGAGAUUAAUGUGCAAAAAGAAUUACUCAUUAAAUAGUAAUCUUUUUUGAAGAAUUAUAUUCACAUCUAGCUAAAGAAAAAAAAUCAAAACAAUUGGCCUUCUAGAAUAAGUUGAUGUCCUUUUUUUUUUUAUCUUUCUAUCUACUUACAGUAUCGCACAACGUAUAAUUUAACAUUUUAAUUUCUAAUAUUAACGAGAAUUUAAUGAGAAUGGGUUGCUUGCUAAAUAAUAAUCAACGAAAAAUAUUAAUAUUUUUAAAACCAAAAAAAAAAAAAAAUAUGUAUUUUUAAUUGCACAAUAUAAUAAUUGAAAUAAAAAAAUAAUAAAGAAAUAAAAACUAAAAAUU